AUGUUAAAAUUAAAACAAAUAGAAUAUAAAGAUAUCAUAUUGUUAUUAGUAAAUAUAAGCUGGUUAAUUAAUUAAUUAAUAGAGAACUUUUGCUUAUUGCAGAGUUUGUUUGGAAAAUGGUUUGUAUAUACUUAAGAAAUUUAAUCAUUAAAGAACAAAUAAAUAAAAUUAUCAAAAAUGAAUCGCUCAUUCAUUUUUUUUAAAAACAGAAUAUGUUUUAUCCUCUUCUUAUAAGUUGUUAUUAUUUUUGUUGAAAUUAUAAUUCUGCUGUUGGAUUGUUUACUAAUUAUCAUCAUCAUCUUUAUUGUUAUUUUCUUUUUACUCCUCUUCUUCUUACUCUUCAUCGCUAUCUUGCUUACCUAAAAAUGGGCGAUUUAGCUAAUAUUCUAUAGUUUCUUCGUUACCAUUAGCAAUUGUUUGCAAUUUAUUUUUUUAUUUUGCAGGUAAUCUGCUAGGUAAAGCAGUUUAUUCAUCAUUUAUUAUUUUAUUUUGAGAUUAUGCUUAAUUAGUCUCUGGGGGAAUAUUUUAUGA